AUGGAAUACAAACUUGAAUUUUUAAGCUAUUUACUUAUUUUCAAAAAAAAGAAUGAAAGGAUAUCGAAAUUUGAUGAACAAAUAAAGACAUGUAUUAAUAUAUUUGAAAAAUCAAUAAUAAAUGAAAGCGAUCUAAAAUAUCUUUUUGAAAGGAAUAUCUUGGAUAUCAACCCAGGUGUGCGUUCCAUGUGUUGGAAAUUAGCUUUAAAGCAUUUAAGCUUAGAUUCAAAUAAAUGGAAUACAGAAUUAAUUGAAAAAAAAAAAUUAUACGAAGAAUAUAUAAAAUCGUUUGUCAUUAAUCCUUAUUAUUCUUGUGUAGAUAAUAAAAAAAAGGAAUUUGUAAAAGAAACAGAAAAGGAACCAACGGGUAAAAAUAUGAAGGAUGAAUAUAUUGAAUACAAUCUUGAUAGAAACAAAACAUAUUAUCAUAAAGAUGAUUCAUUAUUAAAAUUACCAAAUGACAAUAAUAAUAAAGAGAUGGAUUAUUUAGAGGAUGAAAAGUAUUCAAGUAUGGAUGAUGAAUGUUCAGAAGAUAACUGGUUACAUUCUGAAUUGUUCAGUCAAAUAAAUAAAGACACGUUUAGAACUAGACCAGAACUUUCCUUUUUUAAUUUAAACCCACAACAAACUAUUAAUAGUAAUAUAAAAAUAUUAAACAGUUUAAUUAGUACCGAAACGUUUGAUGAAGAAGAACAAAGAGAAAAAAAAAGAAAUAAUUUGGAAGAUAUACAAGGAGAACAAAUUCCUUAUUUGGUAAAUAUAAACAAUGUGAAUAAUUUUAAUAAUAAUGAAACGAUUAAAUUUUAUAAUAAAAUAAUAGACAACAGAAAUGAUCCUCAUGAUAAAAAAGAAAAUAAAAGUAAGUGUCUUGAUGGUGAUAAAAAUAUACAUGUUGAUAAAAAUAUACAUGUUGAUAAAAAUAUACAUGUUGAUAAAAAUAUACAUGUUGAUAAAAAUAUACAUGUUGAUAAAAAUUUACAUGUUGAUAAAAAUUUACAUGUUGAUAAAAAUAUAUGUGUUCAUAAUAAUUUACCAAAGGACGAAAUGAAAAACAAUAAAAACCUAUUUCCCCAAACAUGUAAAAAUAAAAAUGUCUAUAAAAAUGAUAAGCAGAAUUUUUCAGAAGUAUGUGAUAUAAUAAAACCAAAAAGACAUUAUGAUUUGUUGUGCAGGAUUUUAUUUAUAUAUGCUAAAAUUCAUCCUUAUGUUAAAUAUGUUCAGGGAAUGAAUGAGAUAUUAGCCCCAUUAUAUUUUAUCAUAUUUAAUGAUCCUUUAUGCAAUUGUACUUUACAAGGAGAAGCAGAUACUUUUUUUUGUUUUCUUGAAUUAAUGCAAAGACAGAAAGAUGUUUUUUGUGAAGGUCUAGAUAAUACAGAUGAUGGUAUUAAUGGCAAGUUAAAAAAGUUUUCUCUUUUAUUAAAAAUGAAAGAAUAUGAAAUAUGGAAAAAAUUAUAUAUAUUAAAAAUAGAAACUCAAUAUUAUGCCUUAAAAUGGAUAUUGUUAUUAUUAACACAAGAAUUUGAUAUGGCCGAUACGAUAAUAUUGUAUGAUCAUUUUAUUAUUAAUAAUAAUGAAAAUUUUAUUUUAUAUAUAUGUUUAGUUAUAUGUAGUAAAUUAAAAAAUUCUUUAUUAUGUGGUAAUUUUACGGUGAACCUAAAAUUAUUACAAAAUAUUCCUCCUUUUGAUCCAUACGAUAUAAUAAACGAAGCAAAAUAUUUAAUGAAUUCAGAUAUCAAAAAUAAUAUUAAUAUAACUGAUAUAUAUAAUGAAUAUAUUAGUCAAAAGAAAAGGAAUAAUUCUUUACAAAAUAUUCAAUAUGAUGAAUCUUCUCUUGAAAUAUUAAAUGAAUUCGAAAAACCAAUAGACCAAAAUGAAAGCACUUUAAAUAGAACUGCAAGCAUUAUUAGUAAUAUAAAAAAUAAAUUUAUUGUUCAAAAUAUUAAAAAUUACAUUACUAAAAAGAAAAUUGAUAUGAUCAAAAGAUUUGAUGAAAAUAUCGAUGAAGAAUGA